UAUGUUGGUACUUUACUCCGGAGAAAGAUGGCGAGUUUGAACGGCGGUGUUGUGAAGGUUUGUUUGCAGAAGUGUAUUUUCUGGUGUUUCUCUGAAGAUUUUACAGUCACCUUUUAUCAACAUUAUCAGUCUGAGAUCUGUGUUUUGUUUAUUGAAGACAAUAUGUAACGAAGGCUUUGAAAGUGUGUUCUGAUAUGUUGGAUGUGGUACUACAUAUUCAAGCCCAUUGUAUUUGGAGAAGCAUGAGGAAUAUUGUCAAGGACUAAAGGGUAUCAGGUUAAUGCACAGUGGCAGAGAGUUUGGUGUUAAAUGCAGUCAAAGCAACAGUAUUCAUAGUAAGGUACACUGUGGUCAAAAACUGUACCAGUGUAGUGGUCAUGACAGUAAUCGAUCAACCAGCAUGAACUAUGUUAAACAAAUUAAUUUAAGCAUUAAAUGUGAUAUGUGUCUCAUGCACAAAUUCUGGUUCCUCCAAAUAUAUUAGAAACAAGUUAUGUAAGUGUCAUGUUUGUGGUUGGAAGUUUACAUUUCAGAGCAGUCUUGUUGUACAUAUGAUGACACAUGUGAGAGAAAAAUGACAUGAAUGUGAAAAUUGUGGUUGUAAGUUAGCUGGAAGACGUAAUCUGUAGGCACACAUGAGAAGUCACAUGGAUGUCAAACCAUAUGAAUGUGAGGAUGGUGGUUACAAGUGUUCUAAAAUGUCUAAUUUGAUUAAACACAUAGGAAUUCACUCUGCAGAUAAAAUAUAUAAAUGUAAGGAAUGUGGUCUUACAUAUCUUGACAAAUCUGAAUUAAUUACACAUGCGAAGGCUUGCUCGACAGAGAAGCCAUUGGGAAGUGAGGAGCAUUGUUAUAAGUUUGUUCCAUCAACUUUAAAUAAAUACGAAAUAAGAAAUCCCACGGGAGAGGUGCCCUAUGAAAGUGAGGAGUGUGGUCACAAGUUUGCUCAAAGAUCUGAUUUAAAUACACAUCUGAGAACUCACACGGGAGAGAAGCCGUUUGAAUGUAAGGAGUGUGGUCACAAGUUUGCUCAAAGAUCUGAUUUAAAUACACAUCUGAGAACUCACACGGGAGAGAAGCCGUUUGAAUGUAAGGAAUGUGGUCACAAGUUUGCUCAAAGAUCUGAUUUAAAUACACAUCUGAGAACUCACACGGGAGAGAAGCCGUUUGAAUGUAAGGAGUGUGGUCACAAGUUUGCUCAAAGAUCUGUUUUAAAGCAGCAUAUAAGAGCUCACACGGGAGAGAAGCCGUUUGAAUGUAAGGAGUGUGGUCACAAGUUUGCUAGAAAAUAUGCUUUGAAGUUACAUAUGAGAACUCACACGGGAGAGAAGCCGUUUGAAUGUGAGGAGUGUGGUCACAGGUUUAGUAUAAAAUCUGUUUUCAAUAUACAUAUGAGAACUCACACAGGAGAGAAGCCGUUUGAAUGUAAGGAGUGUGGUCACAAGUUUGCUAGAAAAGAUAAUUUUAAGUUACAUAUGAGAACUCAUGGGAGAGAAGCCGUUUGAAUGCGAGGAGUGUGGUCACAAGUUUGUUCGAAGAUUUGGUUUAAAGAAGCAUAUAGGAACUCACGGGAGAGAAGCCGUUUGAAUGUAAGGAGUGUUGUCACAAGUUUGUUAAAAAGUCUAUUUUAAAUGCACAUAUGACAAUCCACACUUGAGCGAAGCCAUAUGAAUGUGAGGAGUGUGGUCACAAGUUUUCUCGAACAUGUGAUUUGAAAUCUCACUUGAGAACUCACAAGGGAGAGAAGCCGUAUGAAUGUGAGGCGUGCGGUGACAAGUUUGCUCCAAGAUCAGUUUUAAUACACACAUGGCAUCACGCACAAGAAGAUAUAUGAAUAGAAGAAUAAUUAUCGUAAUUUCGUUCAGAUAUCUGUUAUGAAUACACAGUAUAAUAAUGUUUAUGGGAAAAAAGAUUGUGUGAGAAGCAUUAUAACAAGUGCUUGCAUAUUGAAUCGAAUAUGCCACAAAGAAAUCACACCAAGAUUGAAGUUAAUAACUGACACAAAAUCAUCAUCCACUUGGAACAAUAUAAGUGCUGCAUAAUCUGAAGAAAAUUUAAAAGUUGUUGAUUAUGAUUGUGUGUAUAUUGAUGUUACUGUUUGUACAAUUCUUUGUCAUGAUUGUUUACUCAUCACUAGAAAUCUUUGAAAUUUAGAAAUUUAUUUAUUACUUUAUAUCCAUUCUUCUCAUUGGUUAUUUUUGUUAUAAGUGAAGAAAAUUGGGGUUUCAGGAACUGUAACUGUAAUGCUCAAUAUAACAUAUGAAUGAAA